CCAACCCCGAGACGCCAUUUUGGAGGAAAGUUUGGAAUUUUCUGUCACAGGAAGAAAAGGAGGGACACCAGAAGAAGUUUGAGUCGAAGGAAUACAAAUGUAUUUGCCGAGAAAAUGUACGAAGGAUACGUUUACGAAACUGUGUGUGUGAAUAAGUCGCGGAGGCACGGCCUGAGUUUACAUGCGCCACUGAACUGGAUUUAGAGUUUGAGUAAUUUUAAAGCCCGCACUGCCUGCAAGCUUCGUUGGACACCAAUGCAUGCACGGAUUGACUGGUUUUAGCCGACUGAACACGCGUUUCUCUACUUUCUAUGGAUUUUAACGGGCAUUUGGACCUAGUUAGAAAAAUACCAACCAUUGCAUAUGUGGUGUCGUCACCUCUUUGCCGCUGUCAGGUUCAAGAAGUGCAGCUGUCAGCGAGCUGGUCGCGUUUUUAGUUUGUACCCGAACGCCCUCUCAAAUGUUACUGUCGUUUCUCAUUUUGUAGCACAGUAACAUAUUUUCAAUUGACAGUUCGUGGGCAAAAUUAAAGCGGAACUUGUGGUUUCAUUGCAGAGAUGUUCAUACCCUUUGGAUACCAGGAGAGUGAACGUGUUCUAUUAUAUUGCGUGUAACAUUAACAUUUAUCUGCGCGCGACUGGUGAAAGAGCUAGCUGGCUAGCAAGCUACAUAUUGUCUCGAGACUGCCUAAUCAUGCCAGUACGAAAGAAAGAUGCACAGCGAGCCCUGUCACUCUUGGAGGAAUAUCGCACUAAACUUAACCACACUGAGGACUGGCAACUGAGACUCUCCAUCCAGAGGGUCAUUGACAUCUUCCAGAGUAACCUUUUCCAGGCACUCAUAGAUAUCCAGGAAUUUUACGAAGUGACCUUAUUGGAUAAUCAGAAAUGUGUGGAGUCCCCGACGACGUCGGAGCCCAUGCUGCCGGUCAACCUGUGGGAUUUCUCUAGCCUCCAAAGCACAACGGUGACCUCAGACACUCUGCCAAGCCUUAGCGCCAGCAUAGAGAAAUACAGGCACCACGAUGAGGACACAUCCCCCCAGGAGCAGAGCUCCCCCCAGCUCACUGACGAGGUCCCUGGCCCCGAGCUGGUCCAGGUGGCCGAGAAGAACCUUUCCCAGAUUGAGAAUGUCCACGGCUACGUGGCCCACGCGCACAUCUCACCCAUGAAGGUAGCUUCUCUGGAAUGCAUCUUUGACGGGCCGUCCACAUCAGGGCAGCAGGAGCUCCCUCCCCCCUUGGCCCCUGCCCCAUACUCCCAAAGCCACGAGGCGUCCCUCCUUCCCACCUGCUCCUCCUCAACCUCCUACCACACAAGCCAGGCGCCAUUCCAGCAGACAGAUGCCGCCCCGCCUUCCUCUCCCAUAAUCCCCGUGAUCCCCAUCCCAGCUGAGACCGCUCCUGUCAUCCUUCCUCCGACGUCACAGGCGAACCCUCCCCCUGUCGUGGUUAAUACAGACAGUUUGGACACGCCUCCAUAUGUAAACGGAACAGAAGCGGAUUAUGAAUAUGAGGAGAUCACGCUCGAACGGGGUAACUCUGGGCUGGGUUUCAGUAUCGCGGGGGGAACGGACAACCCCCACAUCGGUGAAGACCCCAGCAUCUUCAUCACCAAGGUCAUCCCUGGGGGGGCGGCGGCCCAGGACGGACGACUCCGGGUCAACGACGUCAUCCUGCGGGUGAAUGAGGCAGACGUGCGGGACGUGACCCACAGUCGGGCAGUGGAAGCUCUGAAGGAGGCCGGGUCGCUGGUGCGCCUCUACGUCCGCCGGAGGAAGCCUGUCUCCGAGAAGGUGAUGGAGAUCAAGCUAGUGAAAGGACCCAAAGGUCUUGGUUUCAGUAUAGCAGGGGGAGUGGGGAACCAGCACAUCCCAGGGGACAACAGCAUCUACGUCACCAAAAUCAUCGAAGGAGGAGCUGCGCACAAAGACGGGAGGCUACAGAUAGGAGACAAGCUUCUGGCUGUGAACAGUGCUUGCCUUGAGGAGGUGAGCCACGAACACGCUGUGACUGCCUUGAAAAACACCCCCGACGUGGUCUACUUGAAAGUAGCAAAACCCAACAGUGUCUUCAUGAAUGACAGUUUCGCCCCGCCUGACAUCACCAACUGUGAGUUUCCACUUUCCUACUCCCAACACAUGGAGAACCAUAUCAGCCCUCCCAGCUACCUGGGCCAGCCCCUUCCCCCUGAGGCCCCGUCAGGACACUACUCGCCAACCCCCAAGAGCAUGCUGGGAGAAGAAGUCACCAGAGAGCCCAGGAAGGUGGUGCUCCACAGAGGGGCGACGGGCCUGGGCUUCAACAUAGUGGGUGGAGAGGACGGAGAGGGCAUCUUCAUCUCCUUCAUCCUGGCAGGGGGACCUGCAGAUCUGUGUGGCGAGCUGAGGAAAGGAGAUCGCCUCGUCUCUGUGAACGGGGUGGACCUCCGCAGCUCCACUCACGAGCAGGCGGCUGCGGCACUGAAAAAUGCUGGGCAGACUGUAACCAUCGUGGCCCACUACAGACCAGAGGAGUACAGUCGAUUUGAAGCCAAGAUCCAUGACCUGCGAGAACAGAUGAUGAACAGCAGCAUCAGCUCGGGGUCGGGCUCGCUGCGGACCAGCCAGAAGAGGUCACUGUACGUUAGAGUCCUAUUCGACUAUGACAAGACAAAGGACUCAGGGCUCCCCUCUCAGGGGCUCAACUUUAAAUUCGGGGACAUCCUGCAUGUGGUGAACGCCUCAGACGACGAGUGGUGGCAGGCUCGGCAGGUGACCCCAGAGGGCGAGUCAGAGGAAGUGGGUGUCAUCCCCAGCAAGAGAAGGGUGGAGAAGAAAGAGAGGGCACGGCUAAAGACGGUCAAGUUUAACUCCAAGUCGCGAGACAGAGGGCAGUCACUCAAUGACAAUCGUAAAAAGAACCUAUUUUCCCGAAAGUUCCCUUUCUACAACAAGGAUGCAAGCGAGCAGGAAACAAGCGAUGUUGACCAACACAUCACUUCCAAUGCCAGUGAUAGUGAAAGUAGUUACCGUGGUCAAGAGGAGUACGUGCUGUCGUACGAGCCAGUCAGUCAACAGGAAGUGAACUACACCCGUCCAGUGAUUAUUCUCGGUCCCAUGAAGGAUCGGGUAAAUGACGACCUGAUAUCGGAGUUCCCCGACAAAUUUGGGUCCUGUGUACCCCACACAACCAGACCUAAGCGGGACUAUGAGUUUGACACCAGGGACUACCACUUUGUGGUGUCCAGGGAGCAGAUGGAGAAGGACAUCCAGGACCACAAGUUUAUCGAGGCGGGCCAGUACAACAACCACCUGUACGGGACCAGCGUACAGUCGGUACGUGAGGUGUCAGAGAAGGGCAAACACUGCAUCCUGGAUGUGUCGGGCAACGCCAUCAAGAGGCUGCAGCUGGCCCAGCUCCAUCCCAUCGCUGUUUUCAUCAAACCCAAGUCUAUGGAGAACAUCAUGGAGAUGAAUAAGAGGCUGAAUGAGGAGCAGAGCAGGAAGACCUUUGACAGAGCCACCAAGCUGGAGCAGGAGUUCACUGAGCAUUUUACAGCCAUUGUUCAAGGAGACACCUUGGAGGAGAUCUACGAGCAAGUCAAGCAGACCAUAGAGGAACAGUCUGGCCUGUUCAUAUGGGUGCUAUCCAAGGAGAAAUUAUGAAGAGGUCACAACACUUUCUACUCCCCUGUCGUCCUCCUCUCCUUUUUAUUUAUGAUUUAUGCCCUGUUCUGCUGAAACUGGAAACACUACCCUACCACCUGCAAAACGAUCCGAACCUUAUCACCCCCCUUUUCCUCAAUCCCCCUCCUCUGCCAGGCUUCUUUCAUGACCUAAGUCUUCGGUCCCACCGACCGAGAAGUGACAGUGACGGCCAGUGAUGUUGACAACGAAUAGCCAGACCAGCAGAGCAAAGCACAGAGGGGCAGAUGAUGUUGUUCUCAAACGGUACAGUUCCUUCAUGGUUUAAGGAGGUGACUUUCUAAGAAAAAAGGAAAGUGAAAGAACUUUUUAGUGGCUCACGGCUUAAUAGUACCUCCUAUUUAAGUCUAGUUUUUUUUUCGUCCGAAGACAAAGGAAGUUCAGGCAUUAGGUUAUAAGUAGGGGAAACACAAAGCAAAAUGUUGCACGUGAUAGCUUUAACAGCAUGUCUUUUUAGUACCUUUUUUCCACUUUCUUUUACCCCCCCAAACCGUCAUCCUUCAACAUAUUUAUCAUAGUAGUCUUUUUUUUUAACACAGUUGUAUUCACUUUCCCCCCCGCUCCUUACCAUUGAAUUUUGUGUCUUUGAGCGGCACACAGAUGUUUCUUGUGUGGCACUUGAUUGAACAGGGUUCUUCAACUCAAGUCCUGGAGGGUGUAGUGUGUCCAUUCAAAGGGUUUUAACGCUGACCUCCGCUCUUAAAAAGAACUGUGUGACGCAAACACCAUUACUGUUUGUACGGUUGUAAUUCUCGUUUGCAUCCUACAUGUGUGUUUGAUUCUUGGAAUAAUAUUGACAUUUUCAUGAGCAAAAUGUGAUAUAUCGCUCCUACUAAAAACCCUCUAGAACUUGAGUUUGACAUCAGAUCAGUGUAAGAAUUAUGGAGAGUUUUUAAGCUGUCUUGCUGUUUAAAUGACCAUCUUUGAUCCUUUGAAUUGUUUUUGAGAGUGCUUUUACAGAUGCAAAAGUAAGGGACUGCCAUUUUUAGGUGUCGUUAGGUUUGUCCGCAAAAUGCAGAUGCAAAAAUGUAACAACUUUAUUGUACAAUGAGAUUUUAACAUAUAUUUAACCCUCCUCCGUAAACUGCCUAUUUUGUUAUAAUAAACGUCUAUAUUGAACUUUA